AUGAACGAGCUUUUAGAAUUGGAGAUUCUGAUGAAGCAAGAGUUUGGAUGGGCUGAGGAUACCCCUGCGUCAAUGUACUCCACCUUACCGACCACAACUUCCAUCCGCAUUCUGAAAGUUCUCAAACAGCCUAAUCCAAUCGGCAAGGUUAUCUGCCAAGUCGAUAUUGUUGACUUGGAUAGUCUACCUCAAUACUCCGCACUUUCGUAUACUUGGGGCGACCCUGGAGCCAAUCCUACCGAUGUUCCGAAUCCAAAUAUUUCUCAAAAGCCUAUACACGGCAAGUACGAAAUCAUCUGCAACGGCCAUCCGGUCAGCGUAACAAAAAACUGUCUCUCCUUCCUUCACGCCAUGAUACAAUGGCAUUAUUUCCUAGAACGAGACAGGUCGGACGAUGAUUCAGAUCUGCUAAAACAGAUACCGAACGAUUAUUUCUGGAUAGAUGCCAUUUGUAUCAACCAAGGCUCACUCCAAGAGCGGUCGUCUCAGGUACGAUUGAUGGACAGGGUAUAUAGACAGGCUCAAAAGGUUGUUGUUUGGCUAGGCCCGUCCGAUUCGAUGACUGAACCAGCCGUCAAAGCCGUCUGCGCAAUAUCAAGUGUUUCAAAACGGACAUGUGAACAACUGCUGGCAAGCAGAAUGUUAGAUCCGGAGGUCUACCAGAAACUUGGAAUCCCCUUGAUCAGCAAACAUGAAUGGCAAUGUUUGAGAGCCUUAUACGAUCGCGCUUGGUUCUCCAGGUCCUGGACAAUCCAAGAAUACGUACUCUCUCGGAACACGGUCGUGUUUUGUGGGCAUGCUUUCCUCGAGAUGAAGUGGUUACGACGGGCAGCAGAGAAUACGGCAGUAAUGGGCUGGGGAUAUCAAUUGGAAAUACUUGGUACUGAGAUCGACACUCCUGACAACACAUCACUCUAUAUGGUGCCAUAUGAGAUAUGGGCGGCACAAGAACAAUCGAUGCCGACGAAUGCGAUAAGCUCCAGUUCUCACAUAUGGCAACAAGUCCAUGGUGCUAGUCUGCGCUCUGGUCUCAUCCAUCGCCACGACUCAACCUGCACGUGUAAAAUGGCACGCCAUUAUAGCAUAUAUACUCUGCCGCUACUGACCACCUUAUUGCGUGUUCAGAAUCAAGUGAGUAGGGAGCGAUGGCUAAACCAGAAUAACACGGUACCCCUCCAGGUAGUACUCCAAGUGACGCGGCAGAAUGAAUGUUCCAAUCCAGCCGACAAACUCUACUCGGUCCUUGGUCUUGUACCGGAGGCAAGCUGGCAAAAUCUCCCUAUCGACUACGCUAUGCCAAUAGCCGAACUAUAUACACGGGCGGCCUUUGUGAUGAUGCAAGCUACACAGAGCUUGAGCAUCCUCUCUUACGUUGGGGAUAAGAAGUGCCGACAACAAAAGACCCUUCCAAGCUGGGUUCCGGACUUUACAUCACCUGGCUUCAAUUCCCCACUUGAUAUUGGCUGUGGCCUCCAUUUACCUAUCACAGGCCAAAGACUAGUGAGCUUCGAUGCUUCUCGAAAUAUGCCUUUACGUCUUGGGCUACAUGAGAGCUCACAUCGCACCUUACCAGUGUCAGGUAUCUAUUACGAUACAGUACACCUAGUCACUCAAUUUGAUGUUUGUGGACUACGAUUCUUAGAGCCUCUACUGGAUGUUAUUGUUGUGGGACCCCGCGAUCGGCUCUGGAGAACGCUUCUAGCAAACGAAAGCGUGGUUGAGAUCCCCGGAGAGCAUAUCAAGCCUCCUUUUGUCGCCCAAACGAUAGAUGGAGAGGUGUUCGAGUUUCUCCUAGGUACGAUCGUAGGGGGUCUUCCUUUCGAUACUUCCCUCGUGAUGAGAACAAGUCCAGAUGAAUGCAGCGAGGAUAUCGGUCGGCGUGAAUAUGCAGUAUAUGAGAAGAUAGUCGGCCUGGAACAGAACUGCAUUCCCUAUGGUCGUUUAUAUUCCGAAAAAGAGUCGGUAUUGUUCAGUCCACUCCAAUACAGAUAUUCACCAGAGGAGGUUCUAUGCUUAAUUCAGAACUUCCUGCAGUCCCUUCAUUCCCGUAUGCAGGAUAGGGAUCUCUUCACAACGAAAAAUUGCAGGAUUGGAACUGGUAUGCGCUCAACGCAAGAAGGUGAUGAGAUUUGGGUACUAGCGGGUGGCAAGGUUCCAUAUGUCCUCCGGCCUAAGGGCAAUGCACAGUACGAGCUAAUAGGCGAAGCCUAUUUGCACGACAUCAUGUAUGGGGAGCUUGUUAAAGAGAUGGGAGAUAUGGUCAAAGAUAUUGUCUUAGUAUGAAUCCAGAGGCUAACCUGGAGGCAUGAUCUGCAACUGAUACCGGACGAUGAGAAGCAUAGGGGGCCACACUAGUAGCUUAAAUGAUACAAGGAG